AUGAUUGAGGUAAAGCACAUUGGAGAGUGGUGCGUCGUUAAUUAUGACAAUGAAGCAUACCCAGGUAUCAUCAUGGAUGCAGAAGGGCACAGUGUGAAAGUUAAGUGUAUGCAACGCCAUGGCAUAAACAAGUUCAAAUGGCCAAGUCUUCGGGACGACAUCUGUUGGUACCAUGACUGGCAGGUACUUUGCCUAAUACCAGAACCACAGGCUCUGAACAAGCGCUCUGUACAGAUUGAAGUGUCUGCAUGGAAGUAUGUGGAACAGCAACUGCAGAACUGAGCCAUGUCUCUGCAGAAAGGGAGAGACUGUUUGGAGAUGCGUCCAAGUGAUCUUUCUGUAAUAUUCAGUUUUUUCAAAUCAACUGUUCUCCACUUAAAAAACAUUUUUCUUCUUGUUCUACAGUUGAAUGUUUGACUUUCACUGUGCAGAAUGAUGUACAGAGUUUAACGCUAGAAGGCCACAUUAAUGUCUCAUUUUGGGCAUCUUUAUUCAGUGGCUGCAUGCAGGUAGAGUGGAUCAAAAACAGUCUGUUCAACUUGUAAUUUCCCCCUACAUGGGAAAAGGCAUUUUUUACAUCAUUUUCUUGCAUUGUUCCUUGCAUUUAUGAGGCCAUUCAAUGACAUUUCACAACGUGUCCACCCUGUCAUGCCCAGGGUCCACCCUGUCAUGUCACUGUCCACCCUGUUAUUUUCAUGUUCUAUGAAAAUAAACAAAUUAUUUUCACAAGUUAGCAAAAUCUUUUGUGUGAUUCCUUUAUAAACAAAUGAGGGCCAAAUAGUAUUGUUUGAAAGUUUGACCAGAUAUAUUUUUUGUUAGAUUUUAUUUAGAAAAGAAAGUGCAACUCUCGCAGAUUUUAUAGAGAAACAAAUAGUUUGCCAUAAUUUCAUUAUUAUUCAAAUACUUUUCCCAUAAACUAAAAUAUUUUGUUGAGAAAGUGACUAAAUAGUUUUCUGAAAAUGUACGUUUUAUAAUCACUAUGUAAUUACAAUGUAUUUAUUCUGCUUUGAAAUUGUCCAUGACAGGGUGGACAUAUUUUGCUGUUUGCAUGUAAAUUGUCUGCUUGCAGUUAAUUUAUAAAAAGUGUGGGAGCUUGACCAAUAUGCAUUUCUAACAGCAUAACAUAUACUUAAUACAAUGAAUAUGAAGUUCAAUGGAAAAUCUCAGUUUUUUGGGGGGGAAAUGGGGAAGUCUCAAAGGCACCUUAUGGUGAUAUUGACCCAUAUAUGUAACUGUGUGAGAGACAUGGAAGAGACCUGGGCAAUGCAGUAUUAGAGAACGAAACUAUUCCUGUCAGUCAAAAUGACCUGUUUUUGAUUAAGGUUUUGCUUUGCGCUAUCCGAUGUCGUGACUUUCUAUUUUACCUUUGAUUUCAUCAUUCUUAAUGUGAAAUUUUUACUUGUCACUGUGAUAUAAUUUCUGUAUUUAUUUAUUUGCAAGUGAAUAUAGGCUACAUAUUAUUUUCGAAUGCAACAUUUUUCUGCCAGUAAUUUAAAAAACUAUAUAUAUAUUUCUUAAGCAUUUAUACUAGCCUGGUGAAUUCCAGUCUGUUUGUGCUAACAUACCAAACAACAUGUCAGGCUAGUUUUACAUUUUAGUCAUUUAGCAGACGCUCUUAUCCAGAACGAUUUACAGGAACAAUUAGGGUUAAGUGCCUUGCUCAAGGGCACAUCGACAGACUUUUCACCUAGUCGGCUCGGGGAUUAGAACCAGUGACCUUUCGGUUACUGGCACAACGCUCUUAACCACUAAGCUACCCGCCACCUGGGUGGCGUGAAGACCCUUUACUGGAGCUGCUACUAUGGAAACAGGUGGCUUAGUGGGUAAGAGCGUUGUGCCAGUAAACGAAAGGUCGCUGGUUCUAAUCCCCGAGCUGACUAGGUGAAAAAUCUGUCAAUGUGCCCUUGAGCAAGGCACUUAACCCUAAUUGCUCCUGUAAAUCGCUCUGGAUAAGAGUGUCUGCUAAAUGACUAAAAUGUAACUUAUCAUUUGUCUCAGAUUCAUCCAGACAAUGGACUUUCAUUACAGUGACUGUAUCAUGUCAUUUCAUAUGAUGUCACUCUGUGAACUCUACAUCUGACCUCAGACCAUUGUCCUAAAUAUAGCCUACAAUACAAAUAAAGCUCCAUGAUGGAGAUACUGCAUCAUGUUUUACAAUCAGUAACUGAUAGAUUUGUCUGUGUUUCCAUAAAACUUGGGAACAUGACCCAAAUGAAGGGUGAACACACUCAUUUUAGCAGACGCUCUUAUCCAGAGCGACUUACAGUUAGUGCAUACAUUAUUUUUUUAUUUUUCAUACUGACCUCCCCUCGUGGGAAUCGAACCCGCAACCCUGGCGUUGCAAACGCCAUGCUCUACCAACUGAGCUACAUCCCUGCCGGCCAUUCCCUCCCCUACCCUGGACGAUGCUGGGCCAAUUGUGCGCCGCCCAUGGGUCUCGUGGUCACCGCCGGCUAUGACAGAGCCUGGAUUCGAACCAGAAUCUCUAGUGGCGAUGCGAUGCAGUGCCUUAGACCACUGCGCCACUCGGGAGGCCCGCAUGUGUGGCAAAAACCUAAAAUAGUUUUGUACUACCAGUAGUGACGUAUAGUAGCUUUUCAGACUUGCGUGCCCAAGGUAAACUUACUCCACACCUCAGACUGUACGGAUGACUGUUAUUUGCAUUUACUUUCCCAAUAACUGUUGACUGAAAAGCCGUCUGAUUUGGUUAAUUAGUUGCUGUUGAUUUAUAUUUGGUGUUUGUUUGUUUGUUUAUCUCAGAAAUAAAUGUCUCUAAGACGCAGGAAUUCAUUGCAGUUGUUGAUGUGGGUGAUUCAUUUCGCAAUCUCUAAGGAACGGGAUUCAUUCUGAUUGCCGGUUGUCGACAAUGCAGCUUUUAAAGCCGUCCUCCAGUGAUUUUCGAACUUUUCCUGUUGAAAAGUCAUAUCCCAGCUAUAAAUACAGUAAAAUACACUAAAGGGUAAAAAAAAAAAAAAAAAACAUAUUUUGACCAAAAUUUUGUUUUUUAGACACAACUGUAAACUUUAAGAAGUAGGGGAUUCAAAGAGGCAAGGCCCACCCCCCACUUGUGCUAUGUCAUGAUAUACCUGGACCACCUAUUGAGAUGUGCCUUUGUUAAGUAAAUCAGGUGUUAAUUGAAGUGAAAAUGAGACUGGAGUGCCACGUUUGUAGAAAUCUCGUUCACAGUAAACACUGCAAAUGUCGGCUCAAUCAGCUUGAAUCCCGGUCAAAGUUUACAAGUCUGUGUAAAAUAUUUAUCUGUGCUGUUCAAUUUUUACUCAUGUAAUAAUAAUAUAAUAAUAAUAAUAAUAAUAUGCCAUUUAGCAGACGCUUUUAUCCAAAGCGACUUACAGUCAUGCGUGCAUACAUUUUUGUGCAUGUCAUUUUUGGGUCAUCAUUUUCACACAAAAUGACGCACACAUAGGGUUCGAUUCAGACCUGAGUUAUGCGCACGUAAAUGGAACCUUUCUCUCUUUGUGUAUUCUGACCUUGAAUUUAGGCAUGUUUCAGCAAGCUAUUCUUUCAGGGUGGAGAUCACUGAAAUGGAGGUGUGUCUACAGAUACCACAGUAUUCCAGUGGAGGCUGCUGAGGGGAGAACGGCUCAUAACACCUGGACACAUUUACAUUACAUUUACGUCAUUUAGCAGACGCUCUUAUCCAGAGCGACUUACAAUUGGUGCAUUCACCCUAUAGCCAGUGGGGUGGGGUAAGGGGGGGGGGGGGUUAGAAGGAUUACUGUAUCCUAUCCCAGGUGUUCCUUAAAGAGGUGGGGUUUCAAAUGUCUCCGGAAGGUGGUGAGUGACUCCGCUGUCCUGGCGUCGUGAGGGACCUUGUUCCACCAAUGGGGACACCAUGUAUUUGAUACCAUUCCACAGAUUCAUACACGUUCAGUGUGUAAAUAAGACAGCCAGGUGUUCUGAGGACAGCAAUUAGUAAUUUACAUGAAGAAGAAAAAAAAAAACUGCUACAGCAUUGUCCAAUUUUGUCCCAAUUAAUAAAGACAUUAGAAACGUAGAAAUACAACCGCAAUAGGUAGGCUACAUGUAGCCCUUGAUCAUGACUCUCAGUUCCAUGACAUUACACAUAAGAGUCACUGGACGAAGGUGUCUUCUGUAUUGUUUUUUUUCUUCUUCAUGUAAAUUACUAAUUGCUGUCCUCAGAACACCUGGCUGUCUUAUUUACACACUGAACGUGUAUGAAUCUGUGGAAUGGUAUCAAAUACAUGGUGUCCCCAUUGGUGGAACAAGGUCCCUCACGACGCCAGGACAGCGGAGUCACUCACCACCUUACGGAGACAUUUGAAACCCCACAUCUUGGACUCGGUUACAUGAACCUUUCGAUUAACGUUUCUUAGCAGCUGGAUAUUCGUUUUUAUUCAAAAUAAGAAAGACAUGCUAAACUUUGGGAAUAUCGAUUCGAUUUUCUCUCUACAGCCCAUUAUUGUCAACAUACCAGUGUCAACAUUGUAUUUUUUUAUUGUUGGUAGCCUAUAUACAUUUGUUGUUUUUAUUUGUUUUCGUAAAUUACUCAUUUAAUUGUCUUGUUGUUACAAUAGAAGUGGCCAUUGAUUUAAAAUGCAAUAUCUUUGAACGAGUUCUCCACGUUGCAACGUUUUGAAAAGCGGGAUUACCGUACACAAGUGACGUCAUCGCCUGUGCUGCUGGCAGAACAGCAGUAACCUUUCUCUCCAGACCGUGAAGGCUCCGGUAGAAAGACUGACAACCGUAGCCACUCGCUCAUUCACGCUUUCCUGCUGCGAGAACUCCUUUCUACUCUGUUGUCUCGUCUGAGUGGUUAGAAUAAACUCGGUGCUGUAUUCUGUGCUACCUUGACCGUGAGAAGGUACAACAUGGCAAUGAAAUUGGCUUACUGGGAUAUUCGAGGGGUAAGGAAUCAUAUUCUUCCUUGUUUUGCUGCACUCAGUUGCACAGUUUGUAUGAACAGCGUUUUUCCAUUCGUUUGUGUGCCGGUCGCGGUAGGUUAGGGUAGGGUACUCUGUUUCCAAUAUUCGGCGUGAUUUCAAGCUGUUAAUAAUAAUUGGAUACAAUUAUUGUAAUGCAGUGCACAUGUCUAAUUGUUUGAAUCGAGUAAUUGCUAUUGUGUUACAUUUUCAAAGACUCAAAUAGAAAUAUGUGUUAUGUAACUAUGAAUUGCCGACUUGCAUCUGAUGAGAACAAACACGUGUUUUCUUUGUUAAAUUCUCAAGGGGCUUGCCUGAUUGGGGGGAAAAAAAGUGAUGUCAGUGUACCUGAAAUUUGUUCAAACGUAAUCUCCACGUGUCAGUGUAUCAGAUUGUCAAUAUGAAAUAUUUUGGAUUCAGUUCUCUCACGCACACACCUGCUAUUUAAAUUGUCAUAGUAUAGUCACGCUGUCUUCAUCCAUGCUCUGACACCCUCUUGCAGUAUGAACACUUUGAUUUGUGGCAUAUUUUCUUUCUAAUAGCUUGCUCAGCCCAUUCGCCUGCUCCUGGAGUACACUGACACUAAAUAUGAGGAAGAGUUCUACACUUGCGGAGAAGGUAAAGUAAUUUGUUGAAUUCCUAAAGGGAGGAAUAUAAAGUUGAGAACAUUAGUUGCGUUAAGUUCUAACUUUGUCUUCCUGUCUCCUGCAGCCCCAAACUAUGACAAAAGUUGCUGGUUUGAUGAGAAGCACAAACUGGGAAUGGACUUCCCAAACGUAAGUAGCCUACAUGUUAUAUGCUGAACAACGACUCGCACAAAACACACACCUCGAUACAAACGGCACCGACCGAGAGGGCUGCCUCGCUUCUAGGCCUUAGGAAACUUUGCAGUUUUUUUUUUUUAAAUGUAUUAUUUCUUACAUUGUUAGCUCAGAAUCUUAAGUGUUAUUACAUACAGCCGGUUAAGAACUAUUUGAUAUCCGAGUGGCGUCAACUUACAAACACUACGACCAGGAAUACAACUUUCCCGAAGCGGAUCCUUUGUCCGCACCACCCAGGGCGUUGGAACUGAUUCCGGAGGCCGACCCAAAACAGCGCCGACGGAGGAGAGGCAGCCUUUGUCCGCACCACCCAGGGCGUUGGAACUGAUUCCAGAGGCCGACCCAAAACAGCACCGACGGAGGAGAGGCAGCCUUUGUCCGCACCACCCAGGGCGUUGGAACUGAUUCCGGAGGCCGACCCAAAACAGCGCCGACGGAGGAGAGGCAGCCUUUGUCCGCACCACCCAGGGCGUUGGAACUGAUUCCAGAGGCCGACCCAAAACAGCACCGACGGAGGAGAGGCAGCCUUUGUCCGCACCACCCAGGGCGUUGGAACUGAUUCCAGAGGCCGACCCAAAACAGCACCGACGGAGGAGAGGCAGCCUUUGUCCGCACCACCCAGGGCGUUGGAACUGAUUCCGGAGGCCGACCCAAAACAGCGCCGACGGAGGAGAGGCAGCCGGAGCGGUCUCCUAGUCGGACUUGGGCGGUGUGCGCGCCUCCUAUUGCUUCCGAGUAUAUUACUCGCUAAUGUCCAGUCCCUGGACAACAAAGUGGACGAGAUCAGGGCAAGGGUUGCUUUCCCAGAGAGACAUCAGAGAUUGUAACAUCCUCUGUUUCACGGAAACAUGGCUCUCUCGGCAUGUACUCUCCCCGUCCAUACAGCCAUCUGGGUUCUCAGUACAUCGCGUCGACAGGAAUAAGCAUCUCUCAGGGAAGAAGGGUGAGGGGUUUGUUUCAUGAUUAACGACUCAUGGUGUAAUGUUGUGGAAAAGAACUACCAUACUUUAUUACUAAUAAGGUCUUACAGAGUUUUUGUUGCACCAAGAAAUGACUUUAUUAAAGUUUCCAACAAAGCCGAUACUCGUCUGCAGAGGAGCACCCAUUCUUAAGGUCCCCCUCCAUCUUAUAUAGUCCUCUUCAGUUUUCCCGCUCUUUUAUUGCUCCGCCCACUUCCUUUGUCCCUGAGGACGGCUGAACUAUUACUCCAACCAAUCACCCGCUCCCCUGUACCUCACCCCCUCAAGCUGUAAUCAAUCAAGGAGUUACCAAGGAGACAAAGGUCUAGCCCAAACUCUAUUCAACCCUGGCGCCGCUCCCUUCACUGUGUUUGAAGAGAGAGACAAAAGGCAGCCAUGGAUUCAAGUAAGAGAAAGCACCUUAACCCUAAGGCAGUUUUCCUCUCUACUCCCCCACACACACAGUGAAAUGCACCAAUAAAAUUCCUAGCCCAGUAACAAACAAUUCUAACUCAAUGUUCGUGAUUAACCCAGUUCUUAUCUUCUAAUUUAUUAAAGAAUAUACAUCAGUAAUUGUAACAACAUACAGGAACUCAAGUCAUUUUGUUCACCUGACCUAGAAUUCCUCACAAUCAAAUGCGUACCGUAUUAUCUCCCAAGAGAAUUCUCUUCGGUUAUUGUUACGGCCAUGUAUAUCCCCCCUCAAGCCGAUACCACGACGGCCCUCAAGGAACUUCACUGGACUUUAUGCAAACCAUAUAUCCUGAGGCUGCAUUUAUUGUAGAUGGGGAUUUUAACAAAGCAAAUUUGAGAAAAAGGCUACCUAAAUUCUAUCAGCAUAUUGACUGUAGCACUCGUGCUGGAUAAACACUGGAUCACUGCUACACUCAUUUCCGCUAUGCAUACAAGGCCCUCCCCCGACCUCCUUUCGGCAAAUCUGACCACGACUCCAUUUUGCUCCUCCCUUCCUUUAGGCAGAAACUCAAACAGGAAGCACUCAUGCUAAGGACUAUUCAACGCUGGUCUGACCAAUCGGAAUACACGCUUCAAGAUUGUUUUGAUCACGCGGACUGGGAUAUGUUUCGGGUAGCCUCUGAGAAUAAUAGACAUAUACACUGAUUCAGUGAGUGGGUUUAUAAGGAAGUGUAUAGGAGAUGUCGUACCCACUGUGACUAUUAAAACCUACCCUAACCAGAAACCGAGGAUAGAUGGCAGCAUUCGCAAAAAACUGAAAGCACAAACCACCGCAUUUAACCAUGGCAAGUUGCCUCCGCAAGGCAAUCAAACAGGCAAAACGUCAAUAUCGAGACACAGUGGAGUCGCAAUUCAACGGCUCCAACACGAGAUGUAUGUGGCAGGGUUUACAGGCAAUCACGGACUACAAUAGGAAAACCAGCCAUGUCGCGGACACCGACGUCUUGCUGCCAGACAAGCUAAACAAGUUCUUUGCCCGCUUUGAGGAUAACACAGUGCCACCGACACAGCCAGCUACCAAGAACUGUGGGCUCUCCUUCUCCGUGGCCGACGUGAGUGAGACAUUUAAGCGUGUUAACCCUCGCAAGGCUGCGGGCCCAGACGACAUUCCUAGCCGCGUCCUCAGAGCAUGCGCAGACCAGCUGGCUGGUGUGUUUACGGACAUAUUCAAUCUCUCCCUAUCCCAGUCUGCUGUUCCCACAUGCUUCAAGAUGGCCACCAUUGUUCCUGUACCCAAGAAUGCAAAGGUAACUGAACUAAAUGACUAUCGCCCCGUAGCACUCACCUCUGUCAUCAUGAAGUGCUUUGAGAGGCUAGUCAAGGAUCCAAUCACCUCUACCUUACCUGUCACCCUAGACCCACUUCAAUUUGCUUACCGCCCCAAUAGAUCCACAGAAGAUGCAAUCGCCAUCACACUGCACACUGCCCUAUCCCAUCUGGACAAGAGGAAUACCUAUGUAAGAAUGCUGUUCAUUGACUAUAGCUCAGCCUUCAACACCAUAGUACACUCCAAGCUCAUCAUUAAGCUUGAGGCCCUGGGUCUGAACCCCGCCCUGUGCAACUGGGUCCUGGACUUCCUGACGGGCCGCCCCCCAGGUGGUGAAGGUAGGAAACAACAUCUCCACUUCACUGAUCCUCAACACUGGGGCACCACAAGGGUGCGUGCUCAGCCCCCUCCUGUCCUCCCUGGCGCAUCAGCAUCUCUUUAACCUCAGGAACCCACAAACCUUUACAGAUGUACAAUUGAGAGCAUCCUGUCGAGCUAUAUCAAUGCCUGGUACGGCAACUGCAGGGCUCUCCAGAGGAUGGUGCGGUCUGCACAACGCAUCACCGGGGGGGGGGCAAACUACCUGCCCUCCAGGACACCUACAGCACCCGAUGUCACCAGAAGGCCAAAAAGAUAAUCAAAGACAACUACCACCCGCGCCACUGCCUGUUCACCCCGCUAUCAUCCAGAAGGCGAGGUCAGUACAGGUGCAUCAAAGCUGGGACGGAUAGACUGAAAAACAGCUUCUAUCUCAAGGCCAUCAGACUGUUAAACAGCCAUCACUAGCACAGUGGCGCUGCUGCCUACAUACAGACUUGAAAAUCACUGGCCACUUUUAAUAAAUGGAACACUAGUCACUUUAAUAAUGUUUACAUAUCUUGCAUUACCCAUCUCAUAUGUAUAUACUGUAUUCCAUACUAUCUGUGUUGCAUCUUAGCCUAUGCCGCUCUGACAAGACAUUGCUCAUCCAUAUAUUCUUAUUCCAUUCCUUUUACUUAGAUUUGUGUGUAUUGUAUAUUUGUUUUGGAACUGUUUUAGAUAUUACUGCACUGUCGGAACUAGAAGCACAAGCAUUUGGCUACACUUGCUAUAACCUCUGCUAACCAUGUGACCGAUGCAUUUGAUUUGAUUUGAUUUGCUGCCACAAUACCCCCUGUGACUGUUGCUUUGUUUUCCCCCUAGCUUCCCUAUCUGGAGGAUGGAGACCGGAAGAUAGUCCAGAGCAAUGCCAUCAUGAGAUACAUUGCACGCAAGCACAACCUCGGUACUGUCCGUCAGUUUAUCAAAUCGGGCAAUUCAGGGUGGCGUGUAUAGAGGGCUAUGACACAGCACUUUACACACACAGCUAGCCAUGUGACUAGACCACAGAGUCGCCGUAUCUCUAUUCUGUAGUUUAGAUGUUCUAAUGUCUUCUCUUGUGGGAUUGUAGGUGGGGAGAGUGAAGACGAGAAGGUUCGUGUGGACGUUCUUGAGAAUCAGGCGAUGGACUUCCGGAACGGCUUUGUGAUGAUGUGCUACACAGACUUUGUAAGUCACGACCAGAACACGUUGCACAGACUGGCCUCUUGAAUGUCAUUCCAAAGACUCACUUGAUAGUCGGCGACAAUACAGUUUGUAAGUCACAGCCUUGGACAUUGACCUUUCACCUCACUUCAUCAUUAUGGACUUUUAGUUUGAACUGACCAUUGCCCUUUAAAAAAAAAAAAAAAUGAUAUAGCAUUCCAAAGACUCCUACAAUACUGACACUACCAAAUGUAACAGAGUUUAAAGAUGCAAUCCGGGAUCUUAAAGCGCUUACAAAUUCGUAACAUUGUAAGAAAUACAUUUUUUUGCAGGACGUAACAUAUCGUAUGGAAUGGAUGAUGUGGUGCACAAUUUUCGGGGACAUCGUUUUGGCUCGUGAGCACUACUUUUGAAAUUAUACAAAAGCUCUGGAGCAUCACUAAGAAGAUACCAUAAGAUCACUCCGCAGCUAGCUUGAAAUGUCGCCGAUGGAGCUAUCUGCUUUAAUGGUGGUUACAUUGUCAAGGAGGGCAGUAGGGCUGCACGAUAUGGGCAAAACAUUUAGUUGUGAUUUCAAUUUUUUGACCACAUUUUUGCUAUUUGACUUGUGAUAUAAAUGUAACUACCAAAAUAAAGGAAACCCCAACAGGGUCUUAACAGGGCGUAGGGCCACCACGAGCCAGAACAGCAUCAUGCAUUUAUUUUCAAUAAACAUAGGCUACUAAAUAGUUUACAUGUCAACAAUCUAAGCCAACCCCCACAGUUGCAGACGUGUCGGUUUUGUUGUUAAACAACCAACCUGUCUAUGGAUAUUGCCGUUUCGAUGUAAAUUCUAUUAAUUGUGCCCCCUAGAGGGCAGUCACGUGUGUUGUGAGCAGAGGAUUACUAGUUCCAGCCCUGUACGGGGACAGUGGAGGAAGAUGUACCGUUAGCAGCACACCAACGUCCGUUUUUACCCAAGUAUAAGUUCUCAAACCUCAGUUGAUGGGCGCCUUACCUUCUGUACCAAUGGGACAUCCUGAUUGUGGUUAGGGCGAUCUGGGUUUGCAGCCCGCGAUAGGGACCUCGUGCUAGUGCUACUCAACCGAUUUUCAUAACAGUACAAUACCUUCCUAUGUUCUAGUUUUUCAUUCCCAAGACUCAUCUGAUACUGAGUGACCCUGGAUCGUCUGGAGUAUAACUCUUCUCCCUUUGUUCUCCCUCAGGACAAGAUGAAGCCAGGCUACACGGAGAGACUGCCCGGAACACUGAAGCAGUUCUCAGAGUUCCUAGGAACCAGGAAGUGGUUUGCUGGUGACAAGGUAUGAUACACUUCUAUUGGCUAGUCACUGCACUGUUAAUGAGACGCUAACGCACCAAUGGUGCCAGCCAGGAGAGAACACGCUCACAUUCUCUCUGGAGAAUAAAUCGUUGCUCUGUUGCUCCCCCUCAACCAGAUCACCUUUGUGGACUUCAUCAUGUAUGAGCUUUUGGACCAACAUAUAAUGUUUGACGCCAAGUGCCUGGACGACUUCAAGAACCUACAGGAACUUGUGGACCGCUUCGAGGUCAGCAUUAUCAUUUUGUAUACUGGGGAUUAUUAGAACUCCUGCUGUCUUUAUUAACGACCUGUAACUGAAGGGUCCCCUUCAAUUUGAAGGAUAAAAAAAAAAAAAGAUCUACGCAGAAUGAAUUCUCAGAAUAAGAUGAUACCCGCCGCCUCAAACUUUUGUUGACUCCACCGACUGAAGCUGUAUUGUCUUUCUCAACAGGCUCUGGAGAAGAUUGCAGCCUACAUGAAGUCAAGCCGCUUCAUGAAGACUCCUGUCAAUAACAAGAUGGCCAAGUGGGGCAACAGGAAAGAGUAA